AUGGUAUUCUCCCUCUUCAAGGAUCUGAUGCUGCGUCAUGGGUGGCGUACGGGAGCCAUAGUGCCUGAGCUGGAUCUGGAGACCAAGGUGGUGAACACAGAGCAGUACGCCCAGAGCCUCACAUGGCUUCAGGCCCUCACAGGCCUGCUGGAACGCAUGCAGGUACACUCCUCUGGGGAAUAGACAUUGGCAUGUUUUCCCUUCUCCCCACAUUAACAUACAUACAAGAUCUCUUUGAAUUCAUUAUUUGAUAAGGAGCUGUAUCUGUACAUCUUAAGUAUGAUUGUCAAGUUUUUCCCAUACAGUAGCUGACUCUUGUCAUGUCCUUUUGUAGAUGCAUCGGGAUUCACAGUCUAGGGAGGUUCUGCAGGAUUGGCUGAAGGAGAGAGAGGAGCUCAGGUUGGUCCCAUGGAGUUAGUGGUACUGAUUGAGUACCUUUUACUCUGGACAGUGAUUAGGAUAUCACAUCUGCAGAGCCUGAAAAUAGCUCACUUUUAUUUUUAUUAUCUCUUCCUCUCUUGUCCCUUUUUAUUACAGACUAAGAACAAAGAACCUCUUCAACCCCCAGUUCGGCAGCAUCUUCCGCACCUGUCACAACCCCACCUACUUCUCCCGCCGCCUGUGUCGCUUCUCAGACGUCUACAUGGCCUCCAUCAGCUGUCUGCUGAACUACGACCUCUCCUACACCUUCUACCCCCGACGCACCCCUCUGCAGCAUGAGGCGCCCCUGUGGAUGGACCAGCUCUGCACUGGCUGCAUGAAGACCCCCUUCCUAGAGGAGAUGGCCCACAUCCGCUGA